GUCUGGCUAAGCCUGAGCUGAGAGGAGAUAAACCAGUGAGCAGGAAACCAGCUCCGGUGUGUUACUACGUGACCCACUGGCUGGAUAGACAGUUUGUCACAUGUAGCUGGAAGAUUGUCUGAACAUUUGAUUGUAAUUAGGACAGUUAGUGUGAAAACACCAGAAGAGAAACUCUGUCUGCUUAUUUUCACAUGCUGUCUCUCCCGUCUGCCUGCCAGGAUGGCACAGUGGGGUGCCAUAUUCUCCAUAAUUGCUGCUCUUGGAGCAGCAGCGCUGUUAGCCUCCGUGCACAAGAUUGAUGAGGGACACACUGGAGUUUACUACAGGGGAGGGGCUCUCCUGACCACCACCAGCGGUCCUGGUUUCCAUCUUAUGCUUCCAUUCAUCACCACCUACAAGUCUGUUCAGACGACGCUGCAGACAGAUGAAGUGAAGAACGUACCGUGCGGCACAAGUGGAGGAGUGAUGAUUUACUUUGACCGUAUAGAAGUAGUGAACUACCUCAUUCCAUCAGCAGUGUAUGACAUAGUGAGGAACUUCACUGCAGACUAUGACAAAGCCUUGAUAUUCAACAAGGUUCACCACGAGCUCAACCAGUUCUGUAGCGUUCACUCACUGCAGGAGGUCUACAUCGGCCUGUUUGACCAAAUUGAUGAAAAUCUGAAGUUGACACUACAGGAGGAUCUAACAUCCAUGGCACCUGGACUUAUCAUUCAGGCGGUCCGUGUCACGAAACCCAACAUCCCAGAGAGCAUUCGCAGGAACUAUGAGCUCAUGGAGAGCGAGAAGACAAAGCUGCUGAUCUCUCAACAGACGCAGAAGGUUGUGGAGAAGGAGGCAGAGACGGAGAGGAUUAAAGCAGUGAUAGAGGCUGAGAAAGUGGCUCAAGUGGCAGAAAUCAAGUUUGGGCAGAAAGUCAUGGAGAAGGAAACGGAAAAAAAAAUCUCUGAGAUUGAAGACAGCGCUUUCCUGGCCCGGCAGAAAGCCAAGGCAGAUGCAGAGUUCUACACAGCUCUGAGAGCUGCUGAGGCCAAUAAGCUCAAGCUAACACCAGAGUACCUGCAGCUCAUGAAAUACAAGGCCAUCGCAGCCAACAGCAAAAUCUACUUUGGGAACGACAUACCCCAGAUGUUUGUGGACUCUGGCUCGGCAGGGAGCUCCAUCAAGGCCUCCGCAGCCAUGGAUGUUGUCGGUGAGCACAUCCUGGACUUGGAUUAGCAAGGAAAGUAGUGGGAACUGCAGGACAGCUCAGAGGUGGCGGACUAUCAGCCGAAGGAGCUGUAUCCCUCCCAGGGAAGCUCUGCUGACUUUCUCAACACAUCCAAAUUACUGCUAGGAAUCACUUCUGCAGCCGCAGACCAGAGAACUUGAACUUUCACUCUGUCCUCAUGGUGAAUGACUUCAUCUAGACACAGAACUGUAAACUAGAAGAAAAUAGCAUCCUCUAUGGGUGCAUGAUAAUCUCCUUUAAAAUUGCUAUUUAUCAAAAUGAUCAUUUAAACUUGGCCUUGCUGCUGCUCAGCUUCUAUUGUCUGUGCAUCCAGCCAACUUAGCCAAAGCACCGAGGGUCAUAAAUCCAUCAGUACUUUUAUACCAUCCAUUCAACCGAAAUACUCUGUGUUCAUCAUGCAUGUUAGAAACCAAGAAUGUCAAAGUUUGUCCUUUUUAAAUGAGACCUUUCAAAACUUUUUUGGAAAGUAAUUUUUUUUAGGUUUUUCUACAAAAAGACACCUCCCAACACUUUACAUGCGGAGUUCUUUCCAUACACCCAUGCACACCAUUUCAGGACAAGCGCACAUCAGGGAAGAGCUUUAGCGAGUGGUCGAGUGAAUCAACGUUCCAGAGAAUGAAUACUUUGAAGAAACCGUGUCGUCAUUCUCACUGAUAUGUUCCACAUUUCCACACGGACUUCAGUCAGGAGUGUUCUGCUCUGCCUGAAAGGACCAAAUGCGACUGAGGAAUGAAUGUACUGAAGUAGCUGUUCACUGUCACAUUGAAUAAAAUCACUGGAUUUCUGUGUUUCCUACAACUUGUUUUGAGCACUGGAUUGCAUAUGUGUGUAGCACUUUUUUGUUUUUGGCUUUUUUUGACUUGGUUUUUUGCCCCCCCCCCCCCCCCCCCCCCCCAAGUGUGAAAGGAAUAUGACAUAACCAAAGUAUGCACGUGUGACAUAAGCUUUUCACAAAAAUAUUCAGCCUUUUUUUUUUUUUUUUUAAUAUGUAACCAUUUCAUGUACGUCCUGCAGGAAUCUUUAUAAGAUAUGAAGGAGGAAUUGCCUUUUAGUCUUUGGCAGCAUGACGUAGCCGUGGAAGAGGAAAAAUCUGCAGUAGUAAUGAAGGGUUUGACGAUCUGUAAACGUAAAUGUAGUCUGUAGGAGUAUUAGUCACUUUGGUGUGACCCUGUUCUGGUAAUCUGAUAUAUCCUGAGUGUCCUCCCGUUGAGCAAUUUCCGAGACAUUCAAACCACAUUGGUUUGCACAGAUGACCCAGAUAUCAGUUUUCCAAAGAACCCUCAUUAUGUCAAGGACCAACUCAUUUAAUGUUGUAAUUCUAGGCAAAUAUAAUAGUAUGGGACGUGUUCAGACACUGACUCUGGAACGUUGGCAUGUGUGUGAAGUACAUGCAGCACCACUGUGAGAAAAUGUUUUAGUUCAGAGCCAAUUCCCCCCCCUCUCCGAAUUUGCUGUAAUGAGAUGCAUCUUCCAUGUAUCAUUUCUUGUAGCUAUUUCAUCAUAUCGUAUUUUGCUGUCAGUGAAUUUUUUUUUUCUCAAAGGGCCUGGCACUGACUCAACAGGCAAAUGUUUUUGCACUGACUAGCUGUGAAUGUACAAUCAAAGCAUUGUCACCAGACAAUAAAGUACUGUGUUUUAUGCUUUGAAGCAUCA